AUGAUGAUGACGCGAGUCGAGAACGAGAUAGAACUCGUCGGACGAGUCCCGCGCCUUCGCGCCACUGCCGCGCCGCCCCCGCCCGCGCGCAGCAGGACCGCGUCGCAUCAUGUCGCGCGGGGAUCUGGGCGUCGCCGCGGUCGUCGCCGCCGCGGGCGGCCUGAUGUGGGGCGUCGCGAAGCUCGCGAAGCUCCCGUGCAUGGCCGCGUCGUCCGCGCCGGUGCUCCUCGGGAUGCGAGGAUGGCAGCUCGCGAACGUCGCGUCGUUCGCCGUGAACGUCGUCUCCGUCAGCGUCGGCGGACGCGUCGACGGCGAGAUGGCGAAGGAGGCGAAGCGCGCGGCGAAGGCGAAGCGCGAGGGGAAGAGCGAGGCGGAGGCUGCCGCGGGCGUCCCCAGGGACUCCAUCUACCGAUCUCUCUUCACCCCCGCGGGGUGGGCGUUCGCGAUCUGGGGCGUCAUCUACCUCGGCGAGUCCGUCUUCGUCGCCGCGCAGGCGAGCCCGUCGCUCGCGUCGUCGUCGCGCGAGCUCUACGCCGCGCUCGCGCCGUGGUGGACCAUCUCGUGCGGGCUGCAGGCGCUGUGGUGCGUCGCGUUCCGGCCGUGGGCGAGACGCCCGCGGCAUUUCUGGAUCUCGGGCGCGCUGCUCGCGACGGAGGCGGUCGCGCUCGGUCGCGUCGCGCGUUGCUUCGUCGGCGCGUCUCCUUCGCGGUCGCUCUCGACGACCGAGUUUCUCGCCGCGCGUCUGCCGCUCGGCCUGCACUUCGGGUGGAUAACCGCCGCGGCUGUCGUCAACCUGAACUCGCUCGUCGCCGUCGCCGGCGCGGCGCCGCACGCGCAGCUCUCCAUCGCGUUCGCGUCCGUCUGGGGCGCCGCGGCGCUCGGGGUCGCCGUCGCGCUCGGCACCGGCGACGCCGUCUUCGCGGCGACGCUCGCGUGGGCUCUGGCGGCGGUGGCGAGCGACGGCGGGACGCGGACGAGGGAGGUGAUGGGCGAGACGCCGCUUUGGGCGCUGUCGCACGGCGCGGCGUGGGCGGCGCGGGCGUUGGCGGCGGCGAGCGCGAUCGCGGUCGCGAUCUACUGGAAGAUACCGUAGGCGCUAGAUAGAUGGGCACUCCUCGAAGAGGUGUUUGUCGUGCUCCGAACGCGAACUCGUUCUCGUC